AUGUCUCCCACAGCAAUCGACGAACAUGUGCCCAAUGGCCACGCCAAUGGCACCCUCAACGCCAAAGCCGCCACUUUCACUCCGUCUUCCCAAACAACGACCCACCAUGCCGCCUCCUCGUCGGCUGCCAUGUCCACUGAAGCCACCCACGCCGCCCACAACUACCACCCACUUCCCAUCGUCUUCGCCCGCGCCUCCGGCUGCAGCGUUUGGGACCCAGAAGGAAAGCACUACCUCGACUUCCUCUCCGCCUACUCCGCCGUGAACCAAGGCCAUUGCCACCCGAAGCUCAUCCAGGCGCUGACCGAACAGGCCAGCCGGCUGACACUGAGCAGUCGUGCCUUCUACAACGAUGUCUUCCCCAAGUUUGCAGAGAAGAUUACGGGCAUGCUGGGCUUCGAUAUGGUGCUGCCGAUGAACACUGGCGCUGAGGCGGUUGAGACAUCGGUCAAGAUUGCGAGGAAGUGGGGUUACAAGGUCAAGAAGAUCCCGCAGGACAAGGCGCUCGUAUUCAGCGUGCAGGAGAACUUCCACGGGCGGACAUUUGCUGCUAUCACAAUGAGCACGGAUCCGGAGAGCAGAGACAACUACGGCCCUUACCUGCCGAACGUGGGUGCAGUGUGUCCGGCGACGAAGAAGGCAAUUCCGUACAACGAUAUCAACGCGCUAGAGCAGGCAUUCGAGGCGCACGGAAAGGAGUGUGCGGGGUUCUUGGUGGAGCCUAUACAGGGGGAGGCGGGCAUUGUGGUGCCGGAUGAAGACUACCUAAAGCGUGUGCGGGAGCUGUGCACGAAGCACAAUGUUCUGAUGAUCUGUGACGAGAUUCAGACUGGCAUUGCGCGGACGGGGAAGAUGCUCUGUCAUGAGUGGUCGGGCAUUAAGCCGGAUCUUGUGUUGCUGGGCAAGGCUAUCUCGGGAGGCAUGUACCCCGUCUCCUGCGUGCUUGGGUCAAAGGAUAUCAUGAUGGUUGUCGAGCCAGGCACGCACGGCAGCACGUACGGCGGCAACCCGCUCGGUAGCGCGGUGGCGAUCAAGGCGCUGGAGAUCGUUGAGGAAGAAGGUCUAGUAGAGCGCGCAGCACGACUAGGCGAAGUCUUCCGCGCCGGCCUCGAAGCGAUCAAGAGCAAAAACGACAUGAUCACCACCAUCCGUGGCAAAGGCCUGCUCAACGCCAUCAUCAUCGACGAGAGCAAGGCCAACGGGCACAGCGCCUGGGACCUCUGCAUGCUGAUGAAGGAGAAGGGACUGCUGGUAGGUCGGGCGCUGAAGAUCUCCCACGUGCAAAAGACGACACCUUCCCCGAACGAGACGUUGAUGAGCGAGCGCGCGGCGUUGAGCAAUGGGGAUGGUGCUGUGGGACAUGAUGGCGCUAACGGGGGGAAUGUACAGGCGAAACCGACGCAUCAGAAUAUCAUCCGCAUGGCGCCGCCGUUGGUGAUUGACGAGGAGCAGAUUAAGACGGCGCUGGGGAUUAUUGAGGAGGCUUGUAGGGAGUUGCCGGGGUUGAAGGGGAAGAGGGAGGAUGAGGUUAUUCCGCCGGGUGAGAAGGGUGUGCAGAUUGGAUUGGAGAAUUGA